UUUUUCUAACAUGAUUGUUUGUGUUAUUUUUGAAGAUGGUGUGGAGCAGGUUGUGGACAAUACCUUUGGUGCUCCUAAAUUGAAAGUAUUAAAGCAGAAAAUGGAGUUGCUUGGCAUCAGCCUCGAAAACUCUUGUUUGCCUGGACAGUACCAUAACCUGUUUUGUCCAAAAUGCAAAGGUGGGCAGUUAAAGGAGAGGAGUUUGUCUUUUCACAUUAUAUCUGAUGGUGAAUUUGCAAUGUGGAGGUGUUUUCGUGCUCAAUGUGGUUGGGCUGGCCAGGUUUUUGCAGAUGACAAGGAAUUUUACGGUGGGGUUUGUGCUAAUGCCAA